GCGGGCCGUGAACGCUAUCUGCGCUCGAGCUGCCGCCACAGAGUCGUCGACGUUGCCGGUUGAUCAAUCGAUCAACAUCCGGGCUCGCGCGGGAAGGCCCGCCCCGGCUCGCGCGUGCGCACCACGAACGCGCCGCCGCCGCUCGGACCCCGUAUCGACCCCAGCGCGAGCGUCCCAGGUUUCGUUAGUUGACGCGGUCACGAAGGACGAGCAGCCGCCUACUUGGACCGGGAGGGAAAGCCAGCCGACGCUGCCGCCACUGUGCCAUGUCCGAUCUCGCCGAGCGCUCUUGCGGUUAAAACGCGCGCGCGCGCCCCCGAAGAGCUAAGUGCGUCUGCAUCUGCCGGUGUACGAGCGGUACGGAGCUCACCUUCGGUACACCUCGGCCCCCUUUGGCGCUCGAAGUCACGUUGUAAGGCUCGCGCUUCCCGGCUUCGCUAGACCGCUCGUACUUUCGGGCUGCUCGCAAGCAAGGCGUCUCUUGCAGCGCACAUACAACCCAAGCCGCACUGUGCACGCCUCGAGUGCGUGCGCGCGCUUCGCUGAAGGCCGUGCUCGAGAGACUGACCUGUGACUGCCUUCGUCGUCUGCUCGACAAGGAAAGACAAAAAAACAUUUUUUUCCUUUGCCCUCCACCACCUGUGAUCCUACAACGAUGGCCGUCGCCAGCAGUACGCAAGUAUCCCUCGUAGGAGUUGUUCUCUUCACGCUGGUGUUUGUGCACAAAGGCUGGGCCAUCUAUUGCUGGCGCUGCAACUCGGCCUACGACCCCAACUGCGCCGACCCGUUCAACAACAUCACCUCGGAUCUCGUCAACUGUGACAUGCGCGUCAAGGAACACCUUCCUCCGGGUACCCGGGCGCAAGUGUGCCGAAAGAUCGUCCAGAAAGUGUACAGCGACUUUCGCACUGUGCGCGACUGCGGAUGGCUCAAAAGCGACAAGGAAGGCACCGAGUGCAUGCGCCGAGCCGGCACCUUCAGCGUGCUCAUGAAGUACUGCAGCUGCGACAAGGACGGCUGCAACGGCGCCCGCCGGCCUUCGGCCAUCUCCUCGUUGCUCAUGGUGGCAUCGCCGUUGCUUUUGCUGCGCCUGUUCAAGUAAAGCAUGACAGCCCCGCACCACAACGUCCCCCAUUGCGGGACAACACGCGCAUCGCCGCGAACAGCGACCGCCGCUUCGUGGCGUGCCAGAGCAACACGUGACACGACGUUGCCGUGGCAUGCCAACGUGGCCUGGUGCGUCGCGGCGUGGUGAACGACACGUCGGCUGCCUGCCCCACGGUGUGGCGUGACCCGUAGGGCAGCACGCGGCGUUGUCGACGGGAGGACUACUCCGCGAUCUCGAAGGCGUGCAACGCCACACGGGAAAGUGUGAUUUGCCUCUGGACGCAAACUACUACGCCGAAGAUGUGACAGGUGGCUUCGUGGAGGCCCUUUCAACUUGGCCGAACCACGUACGGCCAAGUGUGGCCGGCGGUCUGUAGUGCGUUUUGUUGUCGGGUGUAAAUUUGUCACGAUGCUUGAGGCUGUGCAUCUUGUGGUGGUAAAACGACACGCGCUGCUCUUGGGCGUCGUUCCUUGUGCACGCGAACGGGCAAGGCGCUCAUCUAUAGUUGUGGAAGACUGUACACAUUACGCCGCUUGACAUCUGAGCGCCACUGUUGUGCUUCUAAAUGUCCCUCGGUGGUUUGUUCGGGUUUUAUUUGUUGUACCGGCGCUGUCACUCACCUGUGACAGCUCGAAGCAAAGACGGGACAAACGGGAGCAAGGCAAGCAACAAGCUAGUCAAGCAGGUGUCGCCGAACUCACAGGGAACGCUGCUCUCGGAAUCUAAGUUGUGCAUGCUGAUGCGCUGCUUCGAAGCGUCGUGAACAGCCCAUUAGAGAGUACCUUACAAUGGAGCCGUCGCAAUGCGCGAAGGAAAACAACUGCGCUAUCGGUACGGCCACAAAAUCUUCAGUGUUGAAUCAGUCGCUCAUCACAAGCUACGCGAGUCAUCUGUGUUGGGCGCACAUAAGAUGUGACUGCGAUAAACUGCCAUGCCUCUCCCGACGCCCGCGUCGAAUCACGAAAAUACAUGGGCAUCAGGGCAGGGCACCUAUAAAAAUAUAAGCGGAAGGAAUGUUCACGCUAGUGCAGCAGUGCCUCAGUUGCAUGUAUGAACGGCGUUUACCAAUGGGCAAAAUACUCUUGCCCUCUUUCACCAAGUAAUGCCACCGGCUGAAAUUGCAAGGUUAGCGGCUGCGAUAAAACUAAAGAUUUGCGUGGGUGACGCCUUUUCUUUCUUUCUUUUUCUUUUUGCACACGAUAUAACGUUCAUAUCUACGUCUCACCAGAGCCUUCAGGGCUACUCGCUGAGCAUUGCAUCCGGGAUUAUCCGCGCGAAGGGAACAAUCUUGCCUGAAAACUGCCGCUAUUUAUUAUAAUUAUUUUUCGGUGCUUACAGUGUCGGACGUUGAGCUUUACGGACACUAGAAACACGUUCUCGUGCUGUGACGAUAUUGGCAUCCCUCUCAUUACCCCCCUGUUUGCUUAGCGGACAGCCCGAAUAACCGAUGUCAGAACGAAAGAAUUGUAAAUGUUGAACUAGACUAAUGUAUUGCCGCUGCGUGCAGACAAACGAGCGUUCUUCGUCACCUAUGUUGUCUCAGCCGGGUUGUAUCCGCCUGCGAGGUUACCGCAUGCGUAAUACGUAACUCGCCACGAGUUAGGUCAUCGUUGUGGCAACUACCACAGCUGUGACACCGACGUUCAACUGAGUUGUCCCUUCAGAUGAGUUCAUCUAUGCAUAGGUACAGUGGUGAGUCUCUCAUGAUUCGUCCCGUUGACCGCAAAUGCUUCGGCGCUGCGCACGGGUGCCCCCUUGUGGAGCUCUUGUCACCAUCACAAGCCGGGGCAGCGUUGCCGCAAGGUGCAGCCUCUGAAUGUAAAACACUCGCACAGUGUCGCGUAGUUAACAAGGCCGACUUUCCGGAAAACUCGCCUGUAGCACCAGUGCUCAGCGUGCGUCGCGAGUUAAGGCAAACACUUAUUUGUCGUGUGAGCGUAGCGGUUCACAAUGACAUGCGUUUUGUGUAGUGGAGUCGCAUUUGUCAAAAGCUUUAAUCCGCGCGUGAGUAGGAGCGAAGGCCUCGGAGGUGCCAGCCUACAGGAAAAUUUGCAGGAUGGCUGCGACGAAUCACGGACAAGUACUUCCGAACUUUCGAGCGAACGGCCUGAACGCCCCAAUGUCAUAAAGAGGCGCGAAAAUUGUUCAAGCUGUCCGAAACCUGACGUUGGCGAUUUCUCACGAAGGCCUCGAUGUGCUCGUAUAGUGCUAAACUCAAGUAAUGCUGGGUCACGCAAGCUGGAGUUGACGUUCGUUCACGCAUUUUAUUUUCUAUUUACAGAGAGGUGGAUGAGGCUGAGUUUAAAAGCAACCAUUUGCGGCUCGUAAGAUCCUCAGCCCCCCCCCCCCCCCCCUCUGCACUAUCACUUCUCAUUGUUAAGAAAACUGGAGCGAUCGCUACACGUUUGGCGGCUUCACUAGUUAAGUGUAUACCAGUCUCAGGGAACGCGUAGAAAUGAAAUAAUCUACUCGUUUCCUUUUGUAAAGACAUUGUGACAUCGGGGCCGUGACAGGCAACAAAAUUUAUUUGCCGGUAAGACAGCUUGCACUUUGUUCGGUAGACGGAAGACUCUACGUCGCAAAGAUAGGCCCGGCACCUUCGGACCUCCCGUUCCCCACCACGCACUCGCAGCCCGUCGAUAGUAAACCACACCGUCGUCACUACUCCGCUUGUACAUAGUGUGCAUAGUUCGUGGCUGUCUUGCUUUUCUCAGUGUUCAUAGAACGCAGCAAGUUCUUGUGUGGCAACGCAGCUCAUUGUAGAUGAAGAUGCAGAGAAUAUAAGCAAGCCGUGUUUCGCCGUUGUUUUAGCUCCAAUCGUUUCGAAAGGGACCGGACUGCGGGUCCGCGCCAGCUUUCACUUAUGCUCACAUCGCACUAGUGCGGCUUCAAUCAUGUUUCUGCAAAGCACAAUGAUGUACGACGCUUAGCGUGGAUGACGCCUGCCGCAGCCUGCAAACUACACACAGGCCGCGAACCUGACCCCGUGGUAUUCGGGUGUAUCUCGCCGUACCUUGUAGCGUGUAAGUCCUUCGUGUGUUCUUUUUUUUUUGGUUUUGUUUGUGAUUAGUUGCUCUCCAUUACAAAGGAGGCAAAAUGUGCGUGCGUCGUGAGAAGAUGUUUUAGGUUUGUCCGUGUUCAAUUUCAUGAAGAGAAAGAAGAGAAAAGAAAAAAAACGUCUUUGUUGCAUGCGUUCAGGAAGAAGGCACGGUAUGCAUGCAGGUGUGCGACGUGCUGGAAUACAUUACAGUCAUCAUGUACCUGUGUUUACUGAGAGUGUUCAUUUGUGCAAGUUUCUUUCUGUGCCUCAUUUUCGUAACGUUCGUAGAUGUGUGAGCUCUAAAGAUAACUCCAAAGGAUGUUUCUUUGGGAGGAAAUGUGGCCGCAUUGGCUCUCUGCAGAUGAGAACAGAAUGCGCGACACAGCUUGAACUGCUUGUUUAGAAAGAAAAUCUGGUGGAACUCCUGCGCCUUAGCGAAUGGAUGAAGAGUUUGAUUUCUCUCUACGUGCCAUUUCAAAAUUUGUCGUUGGAUGCUUGCGAAAGAGAAUAUUACUCAUGCCGUAACUUAAAUGUAAGAUGUCCUCAUCGCUUCACGAUAGCUUAUUAUCCGUUACGUUCUUCAACGCUCGUGCGGUGUGUCCCGAUUCGCCUUGCGUGCGAAACAAGCACAAUCCUGUUUUACGUAGAUCUCAACUUUUACACCCCUGCACGGACCCUUUUCGGAAAAUAGCGAAGUUCUUCUUGCACGACGAACUGAAAUUCGGCUUGAGCACAUCAUACUAUACGCACUGCACGCGACUACUGAAUGCAGCAGGUAUUAUUGAAGAAAACAGUGCGUAUGCGCAUAAUAUGCUCGUUGCUGUGCGAAAGGACCACCACACGGUACUUGCAAAACAAUGCCGCCUAUACAAACUAGAAAGUCGAAAUGCUAGUCAGAGUCUAACAAGGUCAAUAAAAUAUUCGCUUUCCUUCUAUAACAAGGAAAAAGAAAACUAAUAGACAUAUGGUUAAUAGUUCGGAAGUUCGUAAACUAGUUACUGAAGUAUUGAGCACGUUGCAUAGGACACGUAGGUUUGCGAGCAGCCGUGCCUGCUCCCACUGCAACGGUUUGUAGGCGGGUCGAGCGACCAGGUCGCUGGUCUAUUACGACGUCAACGAACGUUUUCUCUCUGCGGAAAGUUGAGAACCCUAGAAAGACGGCGUCAAAUAGACUUCGCGCACGCUCUUCGUGUGGAAGGAAGGGCGCUAAUGACAGGAAAUAAGGGGAAGAAGUGCCGCCGGUUAUAUUACUCCUCCGUUUAUUCUCCCGCCGAAGAAGCCGGGAGUGCGCACUCUUCCAUAACCGCGAUAUGAUGGUGAUGAUGAUUGCCUUUAUUCCGUCGGUGACAACGAGAUGCUUUCUGUUCAUCCAGUCAGUUCUGCGCGCUGCGAGCGCCUGGCGAAUUGAAUAAAAAGGCGUGGGACAAACUGUGCAAUAGUUACCCCGGUAAAUAUCCAUCAUCCGCAUCGCGUUCUGCCCCGAUAGGCGGCGAAUGUGUCCUCGUAUAAUGGAUGAAAAGGGAAAAUAACAGUAAAUAACGCGUAAGUUCUAGGUCAUAGACACACUCGUUUGAACGUGUGCGUCUCGUAGUGGAGCACUGAGCUGCGGAGCACUCUUUGCACGGUAUAAGCGUUAAAGCAAGGUAAUACGGAACUUCCGAUAUAUGUAUUGGUUGUGACGUGCCACCUUAGAACACCUUACAGUACGUAUACGUUCGGUCGUUUUCAAGCCUGUCAUGCACCGCAACGCACCACUGUGGUUAUACUGUUCCCCGAGAAGUGUAUAAGCUUGGUGUGCGUCCAUAGUGUUCGCACUUGAAUACGAAUGGCGAGAAUGCGCGUCAAGACUGCUACGCGCUGGGCGAAUCUCUCGACAGCGUUCGAGCUUGCUGUAAUUUUUGUUUUGUGUGUGUGCGUUACGUUCCGUACUAUCGGGGAGGGAAUUGUUGGUUUGAGAGUCAGGAUGCGAACGAUUCUACUCGAAUACUGUUCAGCUCAAGCGAGGCAAGUGAGAAAAGGAAAAAAAAAAGAUAAGAAUUACAGAGACGUCAGUGUUUACGCGUACAGCGAGAGAGACGCAAGUAAUAAUCCUACUUAAUCACUGCCGUGUUAUCUCCGCCUGCUUAUCCACAAGCAAGGUAUACCAUAGGCGUCUGUAGCCGUCAGGAAGAAAAGUGUAAGCACCUAGCAAUAUUAUACGCCGCACCGCGCUUUUCGUCGACUGCUUCACUAAAGAGCAUACAGGCAGAAUCACACAGUGUAGGUAUGAAGGCGUCACGUGAUGAGAGACGCGCAAUGACUUGUGCUAUAGCAAAUAAGGGACGAACAUCGCGCUUCAACGUCGCGCUGUUGUUUCGCCGCAUCAAGUAAAAGGGUAGCGUAUUAUAUAGCAUGAGCCGAUAUAGAACACUCACCUCGAGCAUAGGCACGCAGAGCUUCUCUUUCCUUUGUUUUUACCUUCUCGCUUUAAGCACGAGGCCGGAGACAAGCGCAAGAAAGUGAAAGACAGGGGACUUGUGAUCAGCUGCAAAAUACGUUUGCGCAGGCUUAACCGCCACUGCGCUGCACCAUGCAUUGUAAAACCGAGAGUUUACGGCAGAAAAUCUUGAAGAUAUGUUUGAUAUUCCAAGACUUCCUAGGCAUGCGUAUACUUUUGCGUUAACCCCGUUCGAAUGUUUCUGGAUCAUUCAAGAUGAUUAAAUGAAAACCUGCUUUCCUUUCUUGUUUUUUUUUCCCGCGGGUAUUCUAUGAAAACGAGCUGUAGCUGAUCGUAUGGCGUUACCACUGGACGCGUAGUACAGAUUAGCACGUCGGUUGACGAUAGAUAUUUUCUGGUUCCACAGGGUGUGGGCUAUGUCUUAUGUGAAACAUCAGGUCAAUGUACCUCACUUAUGCGCAGCUGGUCACGAGCUUAAAUUGAGAGAUAAAGAAGGAAAGAAGCGGUAGCAUGUGCUCCUUCCUGCGCUCGAAUACUUUAGAUGUUUUUAGAGCUUUGUCGUGUCAUCUUUCACCCGCGCCAGAAAACCACAGUGCUGUAGAGGCGCUCGAUUUUUCAGCCGAUGCUUAAUUGUUAUUUGAAUCCGCGGCGCUAGAAAGGGAGGCAGCCGUGCCCUACCUUUGAACAUUCCAACGCGUUCACAUAACGAAACUGUUGGCAUUUAAAACAAGAAAGAAACGUAAGGAAGUACAAAAAAAAGCAAUGCUUUAUUCCGUCCCAAAGUGACCUACAUAAUGUGCUCUCUGCGCCUGAGGUAUGAAAGCGCGUAGAUGACCCCCAUCAGGACCAAACUUACUUAAAAAAACUUUCUUUGUUUUGUUUUCACACUUUGCUGCGUUGUUGCCGGGUUCAUGUGAGAUGCAGCUUGCUCGUCUUCUCUUCCUUGAGGCCGAACCAAAACGAAAAGGAGAGUUUAAAAAUGUCUUCCGUGCGCUUCCGACCAUCAGCGAUCAUCCCUCUAUUUUUCUGUGCACGACUGAAGAACGCCGGCUGCCAGAGCCGUACCCAGGUUAGAGAGAUCUGACAUCACCCCCCCGCCUCCCCCCAAAAAACAAAAAAACAAAGUCAUCGCUGCCUGCUUCUGAAUGCAAAUUACCGAUGGAAUAACUUAAUAUGCGUAUUAUACUAUAUCUAUGCGAGCGAAUUCCCUUAUUUGUGCGCCAAAAUAAGCGCGUAUGAAUAAUUCAAAAUAGCCGCCGUUGUCACCGCUAGAACCGCUCCAGAAUAUGAUUCCAGGGUACGGUCCUGCCGGCCGCUAAAGUAUUUUCGCUGGUUGCAACAGCUCGCCGCAUUUGGCAUUUCUCCCGGAAGAUGGAAGGGAAAACCAAUCAGUGUUUUCACGGAAGACGGCGCCUAUGGCUGAAAAUAAGGCCCGGUGCUGUGGUCUUGUAAUGCACGAACCCGUAUUUAUCUAUACAGCCAUGUUACUCCUCUGAAAGCGAGAUUAUCUGCGUUGCCGAGUAUCGGGAGUGAGCGUUGGGCUUGCAAAGAACACGGUGGGAAAUAUCUAUUCUUGGGUUUUCUGCGUGCAUGCCUCGAAGCGAACUUAUCGGAGCGAGAGUCGCAAGCAGCGCGCCAACUCUCGACAUCAAAGUGGAGUCAGCCGCCAACAUUUAGAGAACAGAGUAGAGGCUGCGCGAGCUAAAGUAUUGUUGCUUCUUGAUUUUGUGAAAGUAUGCUCCUGGUAUUUUACGACGGAGAGAUUCUUUGGGGCGUUAAUGUCCGGAACGAAACUUCAGCGGGUAUGCCUCAGUGGUCACACUUGCUUAGAUAUGUGUUUUUCGGUGCGUUGCAAAUUUUACCAUGCGCAAGCGCGAUCAGUAGGUGUUCUCAUGAGUAUACCGUAUCGGCGAGGUGACAAAGAUAGAUAAAUGCUCGUUGACUGUGCUUCGACUGCUUAAAGCAUCACAAUGGUGUACGCGACGAAAAUACCAGAAGUACCACGCAGUGGCGGUACGAAAUGUUGCCCUUGGAAUGACUUUGUCAACGUGUUCUUUUUCUUUUUUUGUUCUCAUUCUGCCGUUCCUGUGCUGCUAUUCUUUUUUUACAAGACGUAAAGAAAAGCGCUGGUUCGAGAAAACAGAGCUACCAGAAGCAAAGACUGGUACUAUUUUUGUUGCCCCCCCUGCUUUUACAGGUGAAGAAAAUAUAUAUACACAUAUUAUCGCUGUGCGCCCACCUUUUCUUCGCCCCUCAAAAUCAUCGUGUGCUUAAGAGGCCAGCAGAAAAAAAGCGCCGCAAGUGCACAGCAAUGUACCGCAAACCAUGCUAUCACCUUGUGUUCUAAUGGUGUAAUAAAGCGUCAUACAACAGCUUGUUGGUUACUUC